AUCUGUCCAUUGUUUUCUUCCUUUGUAUUCUAAACUCUUCUCUGCGUGCAGGUUCUCUCUCUCUCUCUCUACAUAUAUAUCAGAAGUAGAUAGAAGGGAAGCAGUUGUGGAACAUUGAGUUGAAUCGGACGGCGAAGGAGAGAGAGGGAGAGAAUAAGCAUGGCCAUUCCGGGGACGAGGACGCGCGUAGGCAAGUACGAGAUCGGUAAAACCCUGGGUGAGGGUAGCUUUGCCAAGGUCAAGUACGCUAAGAACACCGAAACCGGUGACAGCGUCGCCAUCAAAAUCAUCGACCGUGACCGUGUCCUCCGUCACAAGAUGGUCGAACAGAUUAAGAGAGAAAUUUCUACGAUGAAGUUGAUCAAGCAUCCUAAUGUUUUAAAACUCAUCGAGGUUAUGGCAAGCAAGACAAAGAUCUACAUUGUGCUCGAGUAUGUUGGCGGGGGCGAGCUUUUUGACAAAAUAGCCAAACUAGGGAGACUAAAAGAGGAUGAAGCUAGGAGAUAUUUUCAGCAGCUCAUCAAUGCUGUAGACUACUGCCACAGUAGAGGCGUGUACCAUAGAGACUUAAAGCCCGAAAAUCUGCUUCUAGACUCAUUUGGUGUUCUCAAAGUUUCAGACUUUGGAUUGAGUGCAUUUUCCCAGCAAGUGCGGGAAGACGGGCUGCUUCACACUGCCUGUGGAACCCCAAAUUAUGUUGCUCCUGAGGUGCUCACCGAUAAAGGUUAUGAUGGUACAGCAGCUGAUAUAUGGUCUUGCGGGGUCAUUCUGUUUGUUCUUAUGGCUGGAUACUUACCUUUUGACGAGCCGAACCUCAUGGCUUUGUACAGGAAAAUCCACAAGGCCGAUUUCUCUUGUCCAUCGUGGUUUUCAUCGAGUGGAAAAAAAUUGAUUAUGCGUAUUUUGGACCCCAAUCCAUUGACUCGAAUAACAAUUCCUCAAAUCUUAGAAAAUGAUUGGUUCAAGAAAAGUUACAAGCCACCACAAUUCGAGCAGGGAGAGAAUGUGAACCUUGAUGAUAUAGAUGCUGUUUUCAAUGACACAGAGGAACAACACCUUGUAACAGAAAGGAAAGAGAAACCUGUAUCCAUGAAUGCUUUUGAGCUUAUUUCCAGGUCCCAGGGUUUCAGUCUUGAUAACCUGUUUGAAAAGCAGAUGGGUCUUGUUAAGCGAGAAACGCGCUUUGCUUCCAAGUGCCCUGCAAAUGAGAUUAUGUCUAAAAUAGAGGAAGCUGCAAAACCUUUGGGUUUCAAUUGUCACAAGCGAAACUACAAGAUGAAGUUACAAGGUGAUAGCACUGGCAGGAAAGGCCACCUUUCAGUAGCCACAGAGGUAUUUGAAGUAGCUCCGUCGCUACACAUGGUGGAACUACGCAAAACAGGAGGUGACACACUGGAGUUUCACAAGUUCUACAAGAACUUCUCUUCUGGAUUAAAAGAUAUUGUGUGGCACUCUGAAACAAUUGCUGAAAAGCCAAGGUCAUAAUGAAAGCUUGCCAUUUGGGGUCCAUCUCUUAAUUUAUUUACCAAAUCUGUUUUUAGCCCAUUUUACACCCCCAACCUGUGAAUUGUCAAUGAGAAGGUGGUCCAUGGAAGUCAUGGAUAUGCAUGAAAGAUAUUAUUAGCAAAAUGUGUGGUUGUGAUAGAUUUUAGAGGUUUGUGCAAAGGGCCAGAAACAUUUAGGCUAUGUUUGGUUGUGUUAAUAGAAACAGAUAUGGUUCAUAGAUUAAUCUUCCAAUGUGGACAUCUCAGUUUUACACCUUUGUAAAAUAUCAAUUUGCAGGAGAUCAUCUUGUGUGUCAUUUAUGUUUAACCUUGAGUUGUAAAAUAAAUUCCCUUCCGCUGUAUACAUUUCUAUAUUUUA